AAGUGAGCCAGCCGGUGGCGACGGUGGUGCUGGGCAAAGGAUAUGGGGGAUUGCCUUGGGAUGUUUUAUUUUAAGAUGGUAACGUUUCCAAAGUAGGAUUCGUGGUUUCUUCACUCACUUUGGAAAAGUCCCAUUCAGACUCCGGAAAGGUUGCAGUAAAGAAUAAAUGGCAAGGGGAUGCUCUUCUUGACAUAAUUAGGAGAGGGCAGGGAAGGAGGUUAUUUCACAGUAAAAUCAAUCUUGGAUGGCAAAGUGCUUUGGCGACAUGCUCUAAUUUUUGUGGAUGCUUCCUUUAUUCAGAACUUGGAAGAAAACCUGCCAGUUUUUAAUGGCGGCUGCUGCCGCUGCUGGAUGAUCAUCUGAAACUCUUAAUAGAAGAGAAAAUAUUGCCGGAUGGUUUUCUGUGACUUUUUGUGAAUGAGUGAAGGAAGAAAUGCCUCUACCUUUUGGGCUGAAGUUGAAACGAACUCGACGCUAUACAGUAUCUAGCAAGAGCUGUUUGGUAGCCCGUAUUCAUCUACUUAACAAUGAGUUUGUGGAGUUCACACUAUCGGUGGAAAGCACUGGGCAGGAAAGUCUGGAAGCUGUGGCACAGAGACUUGAACUUCGAGAGAUCACCUAUUUUAGCCUUUGGUAUUUCAACAAGCAGAACCAGCGCAGGUGGAUAGACUUGGAUAAGCCUCUCAAAAAGCAACUGGAUAAAUAUGCAUUGGAGCCAACUGUAUUCUUUGGUGUGGUGUUUUAUGUGCCUUCUGUCUCUCAACUUCAGCAGGAAAUUACCAGAUACCAGUAUUACCUACAACUAAAGAAAGACAUCUUGGAAGGAAACAUACCUUGCACGUUUGAACAAGCAAUUCAUCUUGCUGGGUUAGCUGUUCAAGCUGAUUUUGGGGAUUAUGACCAGUAUGAAUCACAAGAAUUUCUACAGAGAUUCGCCUUGUUUCCUGUGGGUUGGUUGCAAGAUGAGAAGAUGUUAGAAGAAGCAACUCAGAAAGUGGCACUACUCCAUCAAAAAUACAGGGGCCUCACACCACCUGAUGCAGAAAUGUUAUAUAUGCAAGAAGUUGAGAGAAUGGAAGGUUAUGGUGAAGAGGCCUAUCCUGCUAAGGAUAGCCAAGGAAGUGACAUAUUCAUUGGAGCUUGUCUUGAUGGAAUUUUUGUCAAGCAUAAAAAUGGUCGGCCUCCUGUAAUAUUUAGGUGGCAUGACAUUGCUAAUAUGACCCACAACAAAUCUUUUUUUGCAUUAGAAUUAGCCAAUAAAGAAGAGACAAUCCAGUUCCAAACUGAAGAUAUGGAAACAGCAAAAUAUGUGUGGAGGAUGUGUGUAGCCAGACACAAAUUUUACAGAUUAAAUAAAUGUAGCCUACAAGCUCAGACAGUGACAGUGAAUCCAGUUAGAAGACGAUCAUCCUCCAGGUUGUCUCUGCCCAAACCACAGCCUUAUAUGAUGCCACCACCACCUCAGUUACACUACAAUGGACACUACCCAGAAACAUAUACAUCCUCGCAAGAUAAUCUCUAUGGGACUAACCAGAAUGGCUAUUACUGCCAUUCUCAGACUAGCUUGGAUAGAGCGCCACAUGACUAUAAUGGAAGAAUCCGCAACGGCAGUGUCUACAGUGCUCACAGCACAAAUUCCUUGAAUAACCUGCAGCACUAUAUGCAGCCAUCACCUAUGUCCUCCAACCCAAGCAUUACUGGCAGUGAUGUCCUCCAUUCAGAUUAUGUCCCAUCGCACCGACAUAGUGCCCUAAUACCCCCUUCUUAUCGGCCUACCCCAGAUUAUGAGACUGUGAUGAAGCAACUAAACCGAGGAAUGAUGAAUUCAAACAAACAGAGUCAUUCCAUGAGAAACCUUAAUAUAGGCAAUUCAUAUGCUUACAGUAGGCCUGAUGCCCUGGUGUACAGUCAGCCUGAAAUCCGAGAACAUGUUAACUUUGUUUCCCCCCAUUCAGGUCAUUACCCAUUUAAUCUGAAUUACAGCUUCCACAGCCAGUCCUCAUAUCCGUAUCCCCCUGAAAGACGCUUGGUAGUUGGAGCAGUGAGCGUUCCUGAAUUAACAAAUGUUCAAUUGCAAGCUCAAGAAUAUCCUGCACCAAACAUCAUGAAGACUCAAGUAUACCGCCCUCCGCCUCCUUAUCCUUAUCCACGACCUGCUAACAGCACACCAGAUCUAUCCAGACACUUCUACAGCAGUAAUAGUAACCCUGAUCUCAUCACCCGACGGGUCCAUCACUCUGUUCAGACGUUCCAGGAGGACAGCCUGCCAGUUGCCCAUUCCCUUCAGGAAGUGAGUGAGCCUUUGACAUCAGCUCGGCAUGCUCAGUUGCAGAAGAGAAACAGCAUUGAAAUUGCUGGCCUGGCGCACAGUUUUGAGGCCAUGAGGAUUAAAGAGAGAACCAUGUCAGCCUCAGCUGCAGAUGUGGCUCAUCCAAAGGCGAUCCCUUCUGGGUCACAGACUUCUGUAUUCCUAGAAAAGGCAAAACAAGAAGAAAUCGAGGAGCAAGAAGACAAUGUGAAUUAUGGGCAUAAGAAAUCUCUUUCAGAUGCAACAAUGCUCAUUCAUAGUAGUGAGGAAGAGGAAGAAUGUGAAGACGAAAGUAAGGCUAAUCCAGCACUGCCAUUCAUCAGUGGAAAACCCCAGCUUCCUUCCCUAAUGGCAUGUUAUCCAACUGAAUCUUUAUUGAACUACCCUUAUAGUUCCGUUGCUUCAUCUCCUGGUCCUUUACAUAUACAUGAGCCUAAAUUGCACAUUACUGAGACUGACAAGAGGAUAAAAGAUGUGAGCCCCUCACACAUCAUGGGUGACUCUCAGGUGCUAAGGAGAGGAGACGGGCUGCUAACUCCAUCUGUGUCAGAGUCUGACUUAACCAUUUCUGCCCGCUAUAGAGUGCGGAAGGAUUCUGUAAAGAAGAGACCAGUGUCUGAAUUACUGUCAGGGAAGAAGAAUAUUGUAGAAGGGCUGCCUCCUUUAGGGGUCAUGAAAAAGAACAGAGCUGAAGCUAAAAAAAUGGGACCUUUGAAGUUAGCGGCUCUGAAUGGACUAACAUUAUCUCGUCUUCCUCUGCCAAGCGAGGGGAAGGAAGAAUCUCCCAGAGCAACAAAUGAUGAACGGUUUAAAGGUUUGGAACAACGGUUAGACCAAGGGAUGGUGUUUACAGAAUAUGAACGAAUUCAAAAGAAAAGGCUGGUAGAAGGCGACUGUUCAAUAGCCUGUCUCCCAGAAAAUGCAGAGAGGAACCGAUUCCAGGAUGUGCUUCCUUAUGAUGACACCAGAGUUGAGCUAGUCCCUACUAAGGAAAAUAAUACAGGUUACAUCAACGCAUCACACAUUAAGGUAGGUCAAAAGUUGNGAGAGAAAAGUUUCCGAUACUGGCCACGACUUGGUUCAAGGCACAACACGGUGACCUAUGGGAGAUUCAAGAUCACCACUCGCUUCCGGACAGAUUCUGGUUGCUAUGCCACCACAGGUUUGAAGAUCAAACACCUCCUCACAGGACAAGAAAGAACAGUUUGGCAUCUUCAGUAUACUGACUGGCCAGAGCAUGGUUGCCCAGAAGACACAAAAGGGUUUCUGUGCCAUGCACUGGAUAUUCCAAGGAUGCUAGAAAUGCUGAGGCAGCAAAGGAUGAUGAUGGUGCAAACCCUAAGCCAAUACACAUUUGUCUACGGUGUUCUCAUCCAGUUCCUUAAGAGUUCGAGGCUUAUAUAAGCUUUCUCCACUCAACUUCAAAAGUCUACUUCUUUGCGAGAGUUUACAAAAGCAGAAGUUUGCCUUCCAGGACUACAUGCUUCUUGUGAAGUUUGAACAUUCAGUAUGCAACUGGACAUUGCUUUUGCAGAGGUCAUGUUGAAGCGGAAAAGAAAGUAGGGUGGUGGUGGUGGUGGUUUGAAAUGGGAAUUUGGGUAGGUGCACCAUGAUUCAUUGUGUUCUUCCGAUGAAACUAUGUUCACUGUAGGCAUACAACUGCUGUUCCUAACAAGACAUUACUGCGCUGUGCUGAAAAUCGUGAUGGUCAUAAUUUUAUGAAUGGAAAGCUAUACUGAUGUAUACUUGUAGAUAGACCGUGGUGAAUGAAGUGAGCCCUGCCUAUAGAGUAGUCAUAAAUGGCAUCAUUGUGCUUGGGGUUUUUUAUUUCACUCUCUGUGUGUGAAUGUUUGUGUGUGUGCUGAUUUUUAUAUUGGAACCGGCAUCAGAAAAGCCAUUAAAGGAAGCACUUAAAAUAGAGACUGUUGGGCUAUUUUAUUUUGCCAGAAGUGGGGCACUUCUCUAGAAACUGCAGGUUACAGACAGCACGCAAUAACAUAAAUUGAGUAUUUUGUUUAAGAUUUGUAACAGGAAAAGAGUUAAAUGGAAGAUGGUAAUGGCUGGUAAAAUUUGUGGUACAUUAAAAAAGUAGUUGGCAAAUCUUUGAAGGGAAAAAAAUGAAAAUGAGAUGACAGAAGCCAGGCAAAAUUUAUAGCUGCUGCUGUAUUAUCCUCCAGUAGGAAAUGAUUGUUGGGUCAUAUUCCAGGUCAAAAAGUACAGUAAAAGGAAAAGGUUAUCCUAGGAAAUCCCAUGUAGUUCCUCAAAACUUUAUAAAGUAGUUAUCAAUGAAGUGUAGCUCCAGAAUGAUUUUUUAAAGGAACAGUUUGUUACUUCUGGUUGAAAUCAAGGUGAAUAGAGAUGAAUACUUAAACACUUGUUUAAAUAUUUUAUUUAUCUAGGGGAGCGGUAUGUUUAUCUGCUUAGCAUGCAAUUUUCAUUUUAGAAAAAGGUAUUGAAUGUGGAGCGAGUAAAACAGCAUUUGAUUUAAUGUGGAAUGUGGUAUUGGUCUGCAUAAUUUAGCAAAGUGGCUGUAAAAUUGCUUUUGUUAAUUCCCUUAUCAAGAAAGUAAAAAGAAAAAAGAAAAGAAAAAAAGAAAAGAAAAAAGGAAUGUUUUUUAGAGUCACCAAAUUUAUUUCUCUUUUCCUCUGGAUAACAUCUCCAAAGCAGCCUCUCCAAUAACAUUAUGCUAACAUUAGAAAGCCUGCUUGCUUAUUAAAGCAGAAGUGACUGGUGGAAAGUGUUUCUAUGAAAAGAAAGCAAAAACGUUAUAUAUUUUCCCUUAUGCUGUACAAUGUGCCAAAGAGAAUGGAAGGGAGGGAAGGAAGGAAGGAUGCAUGGAUGCAUGCUUCAGGCAGUCAUACAACACAGUAAGCAUAGUAUGAUACUUUGAACAAGAUGGGAGCUAUUUCUUCAAAGCAGUACUAUUUGUCCUUUUGAGAUUAUUAUAGUUUGUUAAGCCAGAAGUCAAAUUGAUCUGUGUUUGUGGUGCAGACUCUAAGAAAUAUUUCUUUUAAAUUUUAGUCAUGUCUGUUCUUCCAUUAUACACUCUCCGGUUGAGAUAUCAAAAGGUGUUUCUGUGAUGCUUAGAUUAUUUGAUUGGUCUUCAUGGCAAAAAGAAAAAACAGAAAAAAACAGAUGGGUUGAUACCUGUGAUGCUAAUUUCCAGUGUGCAGUCUCAAUGUUGCUUGUUUUUU